AUAAGCUUUCUACGGGUUUGUGACGAAGAAGAAGGAGAAAAGAAGAAGACGAACUCAGGUUGGAUUAUCAAACUUUGUUUAAUGGCUUCUCACAGCUAUCCAACACUUGGGUUUAGUCUUCUUCAAGAGUUAGGAAGCAACGAAACCAUCAAAAAGAGCCAGACUUGUCUUGUGAAUCCUGGGAGGAGAAAACAUGAGUUAAUACUAGAAAGCUCCUUUAACCUGAGACCACAUCUCUUGGAGCCAUUAAAACCUUUUUGUUCUUUGAGCAAGUCUAAUCAUUUUGUGGAGUGUAAUUCAACUAUGAUGAAGCCUAGGCUCAUGGAUGUUCAUGAGGCCGGACCAGAACCUCUGUGCUUAGGCUUGGGAAUCACUGAGCAGUCUGCAAGACAAGAGAAGAUGAUAGAGUUCCUUUUGUCUAGAUUAGAAGAACUCAAAGAAGGAGGGUUCAGUUUUUCUAUGCUGUCUGAAUUGAUGGGUCUAGAUGCUUUCAGAUCAAGUUCUCAGCUACCACAUGCGUCCUCCUCUCUUCUUUACUUGAAUCAAGAAUCCUCAAAGUCGUUUUUGGAUCUCAUGGUGGAUGGUAACGUUCUGUUAUCAAGUAACAGAGCUGAGUUGAAUGAUUUGGUUUCUACCGUGGCUGAGAUUCCUAAGUUACGAAGGAACUCAACAAGAUGGAGAAAGCUCUCACGGCUUGUCCCGCAGUUUCAGCGCAGAUUCGACAGUGAAGUACUAAUAGACACUCUGCACCUACCUGACGCAAUUACACUAGGUCCUCUCAAGAGUCCGAAGAAAACCAAGCUCAAGCCUUCACCAAAGAAACAAAAUCCGAAGAUAAGAGAUACGGAAAAAGACCUCUACAAAAGAAACCAUCUUUAUGCAUGUGAGAGCCUUAUCUCUCUGAUGAUAGGCAAUGACCAACAUAGACAAACCACUAUGCUAUCUCUAAAGAAAUCACGUGGAGAACUCUUGGCGCUUUUGACUCAGUUUUCAAUUGGCAUUGCUGGAACUGGUAUCGCUGUGCUCUUCUCUGUUGCUUCCAGACGGGUACCCUUUUGUGCAAACAAGUUCUUCGAGAGUGCACUGAGUUUGAGUUUGGUAUUGCUCUCAUGGUCGGUGAGUAGACUUAGGAAGGCCAUUGUUGAUGCCAAUAGGAAAGCAAUCAAGGAAGAAGAAAUCAAGAAUAAAGUGGAAAGAAGAAUCAAGGAAGUUUACUUCAGAGCGGCGACAGUUAUUGCCAUGGUUGCACUUAGGUUUGGUUGAAUAUCGAAAUGC